AUGGCCAUGCGGGUAUGCCCGUAUUUUUCACUGACCUUCUGCGCCUGUUGUACGCUUUGAUUACCUCACCAAAUUCCCCACGGGUGGGAAAAUGUAUCUUCUCUUGUGAAGAUACCUAGGGUGGAAAAUCUGAUCGUCAACAACUGCGUUGUCUAGCAAAAUAUAAAAUUAUAUACAAAUACUACGAAACGAUCACAUUGCUAGUUCAAAGCCUCGGAAUUUGGAACUUUCCUGCUUGCAAGGCGUUUGAGCGUUAUCUGAAGCUCUCCUCGCGAAGGGGCCAUCUGGCGACGCCUUCGACUGAUAGCUCAGCCUCUAAACCUCAACCUUCAACUUCUUUGUUGUGUGUGCCUCCUGAACUAGCUCGGUGUGAGCACGAUGAUAGUCUCUCUUUGAUGGGUCUCCUGAGGCCUUAACGGUCCUGUUUCAGGAUUUCGCGAUGUGUAUUUUGACACAAUUUCGCUUAGUUUAGAGAGAACUGCUUCUCAGGACUUCUUUCAGUGCUCCUCUACGGAUCGCCAACCGAUUCGAGGGUUGCUCUGCCUAUCUGGGUCCGUGGCCAGUUUUUCACCGUUCUAAUAGCUAAGAAUCCCGUUCAGUCUGAUAACUGAGAGCAUAGCUUGCCCUGGUCUCACUCUAGCGAUUGCUAUCGUCCGAGACCUGUUAGUUAUUUGUUCAGACGAAUUCUUAGUAUUCGACACCGUUAUUCUAGCAAUUGGAGAGGUUUGUCUUUGCUUCUCUUCGAGCACCUCUGAAUUCAAAACUUGUUCGAAUCAAUCCUGCUAGUAAGCAAUGGAACUACUGCACUGUUCCAUACUGAGAAAAAAAAAAAUCUAAACUGGAAUCUUGAAUCCAAUAGCUCAUUAGGCUUAUUGGAAAUAACGACGCUUCAUAGAAGGGCGUAUUUUUAGUUCCAAACAGAUUCUCGCUUUCUCUACACAGAUUUGCUCGAACUUGGGAUUCUCACUUGGUGCAUAAUCUACACUCUUGGAUCCGUCAGGAUCUACGAAUCUGCCAAGGUUCGCCUCUCCAGGAAUGAUAUUUCGCCAGGACCGUUAUGAACCGUUCAUCCGAAGAUUCGUCCAUUUUCUAGUCCCUUUCUUUGCGUUUCCUGUGCGAUCCGUGGCGUCCAAUGAAUCUGGUGGAACCGAGAGGUCGUAGCGACCAGCGUUUGAGGUUCUUCCCUUGUUAUGCUUGCUCUCCGUUUCCUCAUUGGUCUGCUUUGCGGUAUUUUCUGAUGGUUGAACCACUCGAUUUACCGGCUAAGCUCUUUCCAGAGAUCAUAUAUGAUGCAAUACUAUCCCACUGGAGGCCUCCUUUGAGUUCCUACCCGCUCUGGGAUUUCUUGAUCUCUGAUUCAUUGAACUGACUUGCGUACAUAUUAUUGGAAAUCUAUGAUCACAAUGGAGACGCCAGUGGAACAAUUCCCUGGUCCUCUUAUUCGGUCUUUGAACCUUUCCGAAUGUACCAUCUGAUUGAUUUCAAUAAGCACUUGGACAAGUCUAGUGACCUCUUUCUGGAAGACUUUGUGACGUAACUUCCGCUGAGGUCGCAUACCACGAUACCUCUUCGCCUCUUUGCAAGGAUUCUUCUGGAAAUUUCCUUUUCCUGUCGUGGAUUAUCUAUCAGGCUUCUCCCUUCUCAGAAGUUCUCUAUGAUUACGCAUCACUGAAUUCUUUUCAUGGGCUCUUAGCCGAAGCCUUCAGUUGACGGUCAUAAGAGUGUUUGCUGAUAGUACUUCUGGAGGAUUGGUAGCUAGGGCAUCCUUUUUGCUCGAUAGAGUUUUGGGAAGCUGCUCUCCAGGGUUUCGAUUAUACUUAUUCGCCUAUUUAAGCAAUCGAAUACGCUCAUUUAUAAGGUUUCGCCCAGUAAUCCUGCUAUGACUGUAGCACACAGCGCCGUCCAGGAAUCUCUGGACUGUCGAUUACUGUUUCUUGCGAUGAAACCUCUGAGUUUUCAAAGCACUCAAGAGAAACUCCGGUGAAUCGCCGUCGCGGUAGACGACUCACGUAGGCUUAUUGCCUUCCGCUCCCACCUAAGCGUCUUGAACGCCUCCGGUCGAACCCCGAACAUUUUGUUCGUUUUGGAUGACUAGAUAUGGCCGUUCCUCUUGAUUGCGAUCCGUUUCGGACGUUCCAAAUCUUUUUUAUCGCUUAGAGCGAAGGUUCGGAAUGUCAGCUACCAAAUCACUGCAGCUUCGGAUCCACGAGGACGUCUCACUUUAGUUCGCAGACUGUCCCCGUUUGGCCCUGAUAGGCUCCGUCGAUUUCUCGACUAAUUCCUAUUAGGCCCUUUUCCAUCGAUAUUUCCUGUUGGAUCCUACCAUAUGAUGGAAAGUCUCAGCUGGACUUGGCACUGUUGCGUGCUCUCGAUCGGCUUAUAUCAGAUCAGCCUUGCGGUAGAAUCUGA